AUGAAUGGACGUAAACCGAGUCAAAAUGAAAUAUAUCUUAUCUAUCAUUAUCAUGAUUGUCUAAUUAAACAAGAGCCACAAUUUUUUGUCAAAUAUUAUAAAUUUAUUUAUAAUGGUAAAAUUGGUUUAAAUCGCUAUACAUCAUUGUUAGUAUUUGGAAGUAUUUUACCAUCAGUGGUUACAGUUGUAUGCAAUAUUGUUUGUGUUAAACGUGUAAUUAAUAUAAAAAUAAAAACAACAAAUUUAUUUCAUCGUACUCGUAAUAAUCGACGUCAAGAUGAAGCACGUAGAAUAUUAAUUAUUAUAACAAUUGAAUGUUUCUUAACAAUAUUAAACUCAUGGUUUAUCGAUUUAUUAGUUGGUUUUAUUUAUUGUAAACGAAAUUUAUUUAUUGGUAAUGAUUGUCCAUUAUUUUUAAAAAAAUAUUAUGAUUUAACAACAAUAAUCGAUUUUUUAAAUUCAAUAACAAAUAUUUUCAUUCAUUGUUUAUGUACAAAAUUAUUUCGUCAAGAAUUACUUCAAAUGUUUACGUGUAAUUCUCAAAUGAUACAUAUUAAACGUAGAGGAACAAGAAGCACAACAAACAAAAUUUAA